AUGAAGAAAAGUCCAGAGGCAGCUGAUGUCACAUCAAAAGCUGAUGAAACUCUCCAGUUUGAUGAUGACAAUUUAAAAGGUGAGGAAAAGCCAUAAAUCAAGGACGAAAAAUUGCAUUCAGCAAUACGAUGAAGCCCUUAUCAAUUCUACAAAAAACAUUUUGUCGGGGUUUAAACCACCGUGUUUUUUACACGGGCAACCCCUGCUGACAGUAGACCAGACAAGAGCCAAUAUUACGCAAAGUUUAUUUCUAAAUUUAAAGAAAUUAAAAAUUUCGCAGACAUAAUUAUAUAUUACUUCAUUGCAGCAAUUGCAGACGUUUACAAGAAUGAAGGUAACGAUGAGUACAACAAGAAGAAUUUCAGCAGCGCCAUUAACUACUACACAGAGGGCAUUAAAGUUAACUGCAAGGAUAAAGAACUGAACGCCAAACUGUACAGCAACAGGGCGGCAGCACUUUUUAAUUUGGGUAAGAAGUUGCUAUUGGUUGCCUUAAACAUCUUUCUGAGACAUUUUAUGUGGGGGUUUUGUAGUCGGCGAUGAUUUAAUGCUAAGUAAGUCAGCUAUAGGAGACAUCACAUGGUUAUGUUUGCAAACACUGUUUUUGAUAUACUAAUGUGUAACGAGUGAAACUCCUGGUUGGCACAUAAAUAUCAAUAGGUAAUAUAGAACGUUUUCACUCACGUGGCCAACAUCCAUCAUGCACCUAUGCAAAUUUAUUGGAACAAAAGAAAGCGUUUUUUAAUACAUAAGAAAAGAGUCCAGCUACCACAGGAUUUGUUUGGGACACCAACAUGGCUGCUGUUUCAUUGUUUUGGAACGCAAAUAUGGCCACCGUGACGACAUGUGAAAACGCUCUUUCAAUUAUGUAUACAUACGCACUUGGAUAGGGCAAAAUUCGAAAAAAAAAGUGUUCUCCAGAGUAACGUUACAUGAUCUGAAAUGGGAAAACAUGAUACAAACUAAAAAGAUGUGUUACUUCUUCAUCUUCAUGCUAUGCUCUGUGUUUCGGGUGUGUAACGUUUUUGAAUGCAUUAUCUCUUUCGCAGGGAGUUACACCGAAGCACUGAAUGAUGCAAAAAUGGCCGUGGAAUUGCAACCAUCUUUUCUAAAAGCUUUUGUGCGGGGUAGGUUAACUUUGCAUAUACACUUCGACAACAUUUUUUUCCCGAAGAAAAUCAGCCGGGGCGUGAAUAUUUGAAAACUUUCCUUGCGUUAACUGACAGUCUGUCGUUUAAUAUAACACAUAUAGAUCAAUUUAUCGUUGCUUUCUUAGCCCAAAUGCAUUGUAGUUGAGCAUUUGUUUUUUCUUUUUCAGGUGCAAGUGCUUGCGUUCAGUUGGAUAAAUUUAACGAAGCCAUUGGGUGGUGUGAUAAGGGAUUAGCAGUAUCCUUUUUUAGAGUUUAG